AGGAAAUUUUUCGAAAAGCCAGUAACUUUCAUUCGUUCGCUAGAAAUCUGGGAGUAACUUCUCACUCGCAAGCAAUCAAAUAAUUUCUUAUUCCCGUCUCAACAAACGGAUUAAAAUUUACUCAUGUGGCCCACACUUCGUAAACCCAUUGGCAAGUUUAGCGGGCCGCUGAUGCGUUAUGGGAGUGGAUAUCCAGGCGGCUCUCCUGGGGCGAACUUACCCUUUGGCUUGGAUAGUCCAAUGCGUUUCACACUAUUUUACCUAAUUGCGGGAGUCGUGGGCUUUGGGGCUCCGUUCCUAGUUAUUCGCCAUCAGAUGCUUCGUAAUGUAACCAAUGAUCCCAAGGAUGAGUAAUCCCAAAAUGACAUAGAACACUCGUUAAUAAAUUAAUAAAAAUACAUUGCACAUGG